CGCGAGAGGGGAACACCCUCCUGGGACUGAGGUGGUGGGGAAGGGUGCGGCCAUGUGGUUUCCCGGUGUGGAAACUGGAGGCGUCGGUGAGAGGAGAGGGAGUUACUGUUAGAAAAAGUGGAAUAUUUGUUAUUGUGUUGAAAGUUAGAUAGAAUGUCCUUCUGGCACCGUGUUGUUUUUCAGGCAGUAUUUUUCCAGACACUGUUCAUCCUUUUGAAGGACAGAAUAAAUCCUUAGUAAUAAUAAUAAUACAGAAUGUGAUUACAACAGGAGUUUAUCUUUGUUACUGGUUGAAACAAGGAUAGUCCCCCAGCAGGAACAAAGGACAGACCUGAGCUCCCCAAGAGGACACAAUGAGGAAGGAGAUAAGAUAAAGAGUAUCGGAGGAUUCUGAAGACACAAAGGAACUGUCAUGUACAUUCGAGACUCUCCGUGUGGUUAACAGAGGGACAUGGCUGUGAAGGCGUGUGGCCUGAUCAUCUACAGGAGGCUGCAGUCAGCACAGUCUUCUAAGAUCACUGAUGGCAUUGAAUACCUGCUCCUUCAGACGUCCUAUGGGACCCAUCACUGGACGCCUCCCAAAGGCCAUGUGGAUCCAGGAGAGGAUGACCUGCAGACGGCCUUCCGGGAAACACAGGAAGAAGCUGGUCUUCAGGCCAGUCAGCUCACCCUUAUAGAAGGAUACAGGAAAGAACUCCACUAUCCUGUCCGUGGCAAACCUAAGACAGUCAUUUACUGGCUGGCGGAAAUGAACGACUGUAACACAGAAAUCAAGCUCUCGGAGGAGCACCAAGCUUUCCAGUGGCUGAAGCUGGAGGAUGCUUGCAAAUUUGCAGAGUAUGAAGACAUGCAAGCUACGCUGAAAGAGGUGCAUCAGUUUCUCUGCUCCAAAGAGUAGUUUUUAUGAAGGGUAAGGGGAACUUUAGAAGAAACAUGGCCUACUUUUUUAAUUAUUAUUAUUUUUAACCAGGAGAAGAACUACACGGCUGCAGAAAUGUAGAUUUCUUUUUUUAAAUCUGCAAAUUCAGUGAAGAGCUUUUAAAGAGCUUGUGCUUUUAUCUCCCUUAGCUAUUGCAGAAAGCAUGGUCUGACUGAACCUUGAGCCAGAGAUGACUGAACAGAAACCCAGAGCUAGCAAAGGCUUCUUCUAUCCCUGUCUUCUCUUCUUUUUUCCCUCCGCCUCCACUCCCCUUGUGGUGAUAAGCAGUCACAGGUCUUUUUGAAAAAUCAAACACUUCAGUUCUUGACUUGCUGAUCCAGACCUACAGAGUUGAUGAAAUGAGCAUAUGGAGUUUUUUAAUAACAAAAUGCUUACUUCAGAAGUUGCACCUUGCUUUUCAAGUGGGGAAGCAAUGGCGCUGUUCCCGACUCCUCCACUGAUAUGCUGUGGUAACUUGUCAAAUCAUUUCAGGUCUUGUUUGUUUGUAUCAUGAAUUUAUGUACAUUACUAAUGAACCGUUAUGAAAACACUUUCCAUCCUGGAGUCUUAGUAAACAGUUGACAUACAGUACUUAAACAGUAAACUUGAAGUUCUUUUUAUCUUUUCCUUUUUUACUUUAACAGACGCCUUGGCCAUACAUUAUUCAGUGGGUUGGGAAAGGGAAAUGUAUCUGCCUAAUGCAGUAUUUUCUGCACAGAAUAUCUAAGCUAAUGUGCAGUCUGUUGUCCAUUGGAUAGCAUCUGUUUUUCCAUGGCUGCAGCCUGCACCCACCUGUGCGCAGCAGGGCUAUGUGUGCUGCCAGUUCCAUGCUGGCUUGCAGCAGCCUGUGGUGGUACUGACAUGCAUGCCUGCUUCAGCUCUCUUGUAGGCCUCUCUUUUGUUGUUGACAUCAGCGGAAGCCAAGAUUGUUAGCGCUCUGUAUGAUUAUGCAUGUUCAGUUCAUAAUGAUGGUUCUUAAUAAUAGAAUCAUAGAAUGGUUUGGGCCUGAAGGAACCCUAAAGGGACACCUCCCACUGGAUCAAGCUACUCAUGAGCCCCACUAAGCCUGGCCCUGAACACGGUAGGGGUGGGGCGUCCGUGCCUUCUCUGGGCAACCUGUGCCAGGGCCUCAGCACCCUCACAGGAAAACAUUUUUUCCUAGUAUCUAAUCUAGUCUCCCCUCUUUCAUCUUAAAACUGUUACCCCUUGAUCCUGUCACUGAACUCCCUGACAAAGAGCCCCUCCUGUGGGCUCCCUUUAAGUAUUGAAAGGCUGUUAUAAGUUGUCCGUAGAGCCUUCGCUUCUCUAAUCUGAACAAGCCCAACUCUCUUGGCCUGUUCUUGUAUAGACAUAUAGGUAUAAUGUUUUGGUACAUAAAUACCAAAAAAGCAUGAUGGCAUUAUUGAUUUUUUUUAGGCGAGGAAUGAAGUUUUCUGAAUCCCAGGGAACUUUGGGCAUAACAAGUGCCCCUUUUUCCCUCUGCUUCCUCUAGCCUUUGCUGCUUAGGCUUUUGGACCUUGCAAGGCCUUAUUUCCGCUUUAUCUUCCACCUUGCUGCAAGAGUGACAUGAGGGUCAUCAGCAUCACAUCAGCCCUGAAGAAGACCUGCGAUGCCAGAGAUGUGGCAUAACUGGGCUGAUAAGUAUGGGCUGCACUUGAGCACUGUGUUAUUCGGCGUUUUUGCAGCACUGAUCCUUCAGUGCAGCCUAUAUUAAUAACUUUAGUAGCACUGUGAUAGGAGUGUCACUCUAUUACAUUCCUUUAGACUGAUGAAUAAAAACCCACUUACAGCCCAUC